ACAGAGUCGGCCAUCUUGACUCGCCCUGUACAUAGACGAUCUUUGUUAUGACGUGCGCCCGAGACGUCACCUGAUGCCCCAGCAACCAGCAGGUGACAACAGGAGCUGCAGGUGCAACAUUGUGGUGUCAAAGAACCAGAUGUGCUCUGUUUCCCCAUCACCUGUUUCCAUGGCAACCAGGACGAAUAGGCUUGCCCAACCCAAACCCAACCGACUCGUAUAUCCAAACCGUCGUUCUGUUUACUGGCUGGAUGAGCUGCCACCUGAGAGGACAGGGACCACCACCAAAAUCCAGUUAACCUCUCGCUGGUCGGAGCUAUGUUGCAGCAAAAAGCUCCACACUCCAGUCACAUUUUCUCCCAUGUGGGAGGUGAGUGAAUUGGCUCUCAGGGCCGUUCCGUCCGAACGACUGUGUCACCUGGCUCAGCCUCGGGUUCCUGCAGCGGGCUGGCAGCCGGACCGUCCACUGCUGACUGCUUUGAACAGGGCGACGCAGACGGCUGCCGCCACGGCGCGGCUUUGCCAGCUCGCCCAGCCGAAGAGGAGGCACCAUCCGGAGAACCCUGGCCACAGAUGGCAACCUGCGCCCGCCGUGACCCACUUGCCUUACAAAGCCUCGGCACACAUGGAGCUUCUGUCCACCCCUAAGCACGAAAGCCCCCGGUUCGAGGGGGAGCGCGCCGUGUGCUGGCCCGUCUCCAAGGCGGCGAGAAGCUGCGUGGCCAGCCGGAGACUCCUUGAGCUGUCCGCCCCUAAAGAGAGGAGGCCGCUGUUCGAGGGCUACGACCCGUACGUCGUCAGUCGAGCAGCGCGCUCCGCCGGCCCCUCGCCUCGGAUACAGCAGCUCUCCUUGCCUCUGCCGCGCAAAUGUAGCUCAAGGUGGAACGAAUGACGCCAAGUGUGUGUGUGUGUGUGUGUGUGUGUGUGUGUGUGUGUGUGUGUGUGUGUGUGUGUGUGUGUGUCACCCGCAGCACUGUUGGUUGUUCUCCGUUUCAUCAUCCCAGAGUUAAUUGGAAUUCCUUGUAAAAUCAUGAUAAAGGACUAUUAUUUGCUGUCAAAUGGACGUACACAUACGCCGUACUGUUUAUGAUCUUGUUUACUUGCCACUGUGGAUUUACUGGACCUGGAUUUAAGAGUCCUUCAGUGCAACUUGUCGUGACGUUUUUUGGAACAAAACGAAGGUUAAAUUUAAGUUUAGUUGUUCAGAGUCAAGCAGCGGAGACGAGACAUUAAUCAACAGCUGAUUGCCCUCACGAAUGCAUCACACACGGCCGUUUAUUUGUCGGCUGUUUUUUUAAUUUCCCAUUCUGCUCGUGAGCGCCGGUAGAAAUAAUGAACAAUAAAGAACUUGCCUCGUUGCGAGGGACAUCGUGGUUAGAUCACGAAAAUAAAUCGGCUUGGGAAAAUAUUCUUAACUGCAGCUGAGACUGAUUUGCGGGGAGCACACAGCCUGAGGCCACAUCCUUCACGUCUCCCAUAGUUUAUCUAUUAUGUUAUUAUUAUUAUGAGGCACACAACAACCGAUGAGUCAGCUCCACAGUGAAAUGUUGAAAUAUGAAUGGUUCAUUUCGAAAGGCUAAAUGGAACAAGGGGUUGAAAAGACAGUAGAAUAAACCGUCAUCAGUGUGGGGAAGGUUAAACCCACUGCCUUUUUUUGUAGAGGUUUACCAACUCCGUGACAUUUUAACCAAUUUCCCAAACAAUAAUUCAUUAAUCUUUGGUUCCAACCAGGGCCAGAGUUUGCAUGUUCUUUCCCGUGUCUGCGUGGGUUCUCUCCGGGUAUCUCGUCUUCCUCCCAGGGUGAACCCCACCUCGGCUCUCACCCAGUGGCAGCUGGGAUGGGCUCCAGGCCCCUCUCCGCGGUAUAGAUGAUGGAGGGAUACAUGUGUACCUGUACCUGCCUGGGUGUACUGUAUAUAUAUGAGGAUGGAUGAGGAUGAGCGUGGACUCGUCAUCUUUACCUAUAACCUAUGUUUGGUGUGUGUGUGUGUGUGUGUGUGUGUGUGUGUGUGUGUGUGUG